AUGGGUUGCGAUGGUGGAACCAUCCCUCGCAGAGAUGAGCUCGUUCGCGUAAAGAAGAAGCCAGAACAGAAAGAUAAAGAUGCAGAAUUAGCAUUCAGGUGGCGUCAUUGUACGAUACGACAAUUGCCAUUGCAACCUCCAGUUGUGGCCUGCAGUUUGGGUCGUCUUUACAGUAAAGAAUCCGUGCUCGAAGGACUCCUCGAUCGCAGCACCCUUCCCGAAGUAGCCCUACACAUUAAAAAUUUAAAGGAUGUCAAGGACUUGCAGCUGACUCUUAAUCCUGCAUUUGAUGGAACUAAAGCGGAGAAGGGUGAUGGGUAUUUCGAUGGGGGAAAAAGCCCAUAUAUUUGCCCUGUCAUUGGCUUGGAAAUGAAUGGAAAAUAUAAAUUUUGUUUCCUGUGGACGUGUGGCUGCGCAAUGAGCGAACGUGCCUUGAAGGAAAUUAAAACUUCGGUAUGCCACAAAUGCCAAACACCUUUUAAAGAAACUGACAUUAUCGUGCUGAAUGCAGAAGGUGAUGACUUAAAAACAAUGGAGGUGAAUAUGUUUCUCCGGAAAGCUGACAGGAAAGGAAAAAAGAAGAGAACCGUUGGGGAGACAAGUUCCGAAGUUGGUGAGAAGGAGGAGGUGGGAAGAAAGAAAAAUAGAAAAGAGGAAAAAGUAGUGACAAAGCCUGCGAGUAAAAGAGUCGAGGCAGAAGACCCUGCAUAUAAGAAAGCUAAAGAAGACUACAGCGUUGCCAAGGAUCCGAAUGCUUCAGAAGUUUUAAAAAGUAUAUUCACGACUCACAAGUCUGCCGAAGAGCAAACCAGAGCUCACUGGAUAACCUACAAUCCAUUUUAUAAUUGAAGCCUUUUAUAAAAGAUGCACUAGGUGAUGUAUCCGUGCUGUAAUAUGUAUUCUUUCCGGCCACAUGAGUAACAAAACGCUCGAAACUUCGUUCACAAUUGUGGGCCUGACAGUUAUUUAGAUUUCUGAGGCAUAAAGACGAUCUUUCUCGUAAAAAAAUAAUUAGUCGAGUAAGUACUUUGAUCCAUUGCUGCGUCUAAGACCAUCAUUUCCUCGAAACACCUAGGUACAUAACUCGAAUUUAAGCAGGUUCUAAUGUUUCAAUAAAGCCCACCAUUAUCCACUGUA